AAAUUAGAUGUACAAUCAAAGUAUAUAUAAUUAGUAUUAUUUCACCGUCUAACCUCCAAUAUAGUCGCUAGUUUAUGGUUAGCCGUGCCGGUGUGAAGAUCGUUUGAUUUUAGUUUUUUGCGGUUGUGAAUUCAGCAAAAUGAAAGAAUAUUCAGUGACUAUACCACAUUACUCUUAUGUAUUCAAUUUUGAGUCAGAAUUUGUUCACCAAAAAUCCAGAAUAUGGAUGAUCGACAACUGGAAAAAUGGAUUUUACUACAUUGGAAUUUACAUGAUCUUAAUUUUUGGUGGACAGUACCUUAUGCAGAAUCGUCCAAGGUUUGAGUUACGUAGAGUAUUAGUUGUUUGGAAUACCCUACUUGCAGCAUUCAGUAUAAUUGGAGCAUGUAGAACUCUUCCAGAAUUUAUCCACAUACUGAGUAACUAUGGAUUAUACCAUUCUGUAUGUACUCCUUCCUUCAUUGAAAUUGAUAAAGUAAGUGGUUUCUGGUCAUUUAUGUUUGUACUUAGUAAACUGCCAGAACUUGGAGAUACAAUAUUUAUUGUUCUCCGAAAACAGCCACUUAUAUUUUUACAUUGGUACCACCACAUUACUGUUCUCAUGUAUUCAUGGUUCAGCUAUACAGAAUAUACAUCAAGUGCCAGAUGGUUUAUUGUUAUGAAUUUCUGUGUUCAUUCCAUCAUGUAUUCAUACUAUGCCCUUCGAGCCAUGGGAUAUAAACCUCCUCGACAGAUAUCGAUGGUUAUAACAACUUUACAACUUGUUCAAAUGGUUAUUGGUUGCUUUGUUAACAUUUGGGCUCACCAGUUACUCCAAAAUGGAGCAGAAUGUAAUAUUACUCCUUUAAAUAUUAAGCUUUCGAUAACAAUGUAUCUUAGUUAUUUUGUUCUCUUUGCUAGAUUUUUCUUCAAGGCUUAUUUAUCCAGUGGAAAGAGCCCUAAAAAGGCCAAAGAGAAUGAUUAUUCCAUGUUAAAAUCUAAAGUUCAUUAGAAAUAGAGUGUUCAAUUUCAAUAUUUAAUUGAAGAAAAAUGUGUCAAUUAUUGCAAAUAUUUCAAUGAGAUCAUUAUUGCAUUAUGCUCAUUAUUGCAAGUGAUUGAAAUUAAUAGUUCCUACUAUUGAUUUUACACAAAUAGUUUAACAAUGAUCUUUUGACUUCAGGGUAACUGAAAAAACCUAGUUCCACUUUUGAAACUAGAUUUAUGUGAAUACUACUUUAUAUUUCCUGUAAUAUAAGUACAUAUAUAGAUAUAUUUUUGAGAUGUUUAUUUCUGAAAUUUGUACUGGAGAUUUAUAUAUUCUCCAAAAAAAUUUUUCAGUUAACUGAAAUGCUUAGUCUCAUCUCAGUUUACAUAUUAGAUGAAUCUGCACAAAUAACAAUAAUUCAGAUUGAAGUUCUGUUCUAAGUUUUUAUUCUAUUGCAAUCUGCAAUACCUUUCUCUAUGAUUAAUGAUAAAGAAUUAUUUUUUAUUUCGAUGUAUUGGAUGCUGUUAUGAUUCAACAAUUUUAUUAUAUCAAAAUGCUAAAAUUAGAUCAGGAUUUGGGGUCAGUAAAAAAUCUCAAUAUAUCCUAUAUUGUUAAAAUUUAAUAACUUCAGAAAAAAUCUUUAGAAAGUGAAAUAAGAUGAACACUGAGGUGUUUCCUAUUUAUUGUAUAGUUAUAAUGUUAUAAAAAAAUUUCUUCCCAGAAAGUAUCUACUUAGAGAUUUAUAUCAUGUUAGUUUUAUCUGAGGUUUUGUUUAUAUCUAUGUUGUUAUGAUAAAAAUAACUAUAUUGACGUACUAUUCUUUCACUGUGAUAAGUUAUUUUUGUAUUGAGAAAUUCCCGAAGAUUGUGAGUAUAAAAUUGAAAUAAACCAUUUGAAACUA